GGGGACUUGAAAUCAACAACAAUUUUGACAAAACUGGUGCUUAAUUACUUUUUAACCCAUGUACAAAUUAUCUAUUACAAUAUAACAGGCAUAAUUUUCCUACAGAGCCAUGUUUUCACUGGUAUUAUUCUCAGUCGGCGUUUUCUACCCCCAGGUGUAGGUCUCAUUGGCUCAUCCAGGCCAUCAAAAGUGUUAUUAGAGUUUAAAUCACUCAUUUUGAAGACUGAGCACAAACAAACGCUUCAAAGCAUCGCCAUGUUGGAUUGCACCGAACGAAUUCUGAUUGGUCGAGAGGACAUAUCGCAUUUAGACUAAUCCACUACAUCAUGAAAGAGUGGACUCAGAGGAUUUGGGACAGGGCCUCUAGUAUCUGAUAAUGCACAUACGUAACUGAGAUAGUAUCAUGUAAUGUGGUCAUGUGAUCUCAACAUAAGACAACUUUUGUGUUUUCAACAGGUUUCUUUACCCUCACACUGGGUGCCCCUCAGUAUGUCUUUGUGAAUGAAUCCAAGACUUGGGCAGAAGCUCAGAGAUACUGCAGAGAUAAAUACACUGAUCUGGCCACCACUGAGAAUGAACAACAGACAGUCCAGUUAAUGGACACAGUGAAUUCUGAUUCCACUGAUUUGGCCUGGAUUGGACUCUACGAUGAUCUGAACAGUUGGAAAUGGACUCUAGAGGGCAGUGAUUUCUUCAAGGUGGGAGAGAAAGACUUCAGGAACUGGUAUAAUCAAGUACCAGACAAUUAUGGAGGACAAAGUCUGUGUGUUUAUAUAAACAAUGGGAUAUGGUAUGCAGCAAGCUGCUCCAAUACAUUUUAUCCUACAGUCUGCUAUGAUGGAAGAGAAAAUGCCAGUGCUACUUAUGUUUUCAUUUACCAGUACAGAACCUGGAGUGAAGCUCAGAGUUACUGCAGAGAACAUCACACAGACCUCGUCAGUAUCAAAAUGAGGUUGAAAACCAGAAGAUCCAGUAUUUAUUACGGAAUUUUAAUUAUAACAGUGUUUGGAUUGGACUGUAUAGAACCUGGUCUUGGUCAGAUCAGAGCAACUCUUCCUUUACUUACUGGAGCACAUGGCAACCAGAUACUGCAGGAACAUGCACUGCAGUGUCAUUUAGUGACUCUGGGAAAUGGACUGAUGAGAACUGCAUUUAUGCAUUUCCUUUCUUUUGCCACAAUGCAUCAGCAUCAUCCCAUCAGUAUCACUUUGUGAAUAAAUCUAAGAGCUGGACUGAAGCUCAGAGAUACUGCAGACAGAAUUACACUGAUCUGGCCACCAUUGAUAACAUGGAGGAAAUGAACAGGCUGAUUAACACAGUUAAUGGGAGUUACAAUGGUUCAGCCUGGAUUGGACUGUAUGAUGAUGUGAACAGCUGGAGAUGGUCACUGGAAGACAAUGAUUUCUAUCAUGAAGGAGAGAGAGAUUUCAGAAACUGGUAUCAUGAACCUAACAACAGAGGGGGGAACGAACUGUGUGUUUACAUGAAUUAUGGUGGAAAAUGGUAUGAUAUCUCAUGUGACAACACACAGCCAUUUGUUUGCUAUGAUGGUAGAGAGAAUGCCACACAGAGUUACAUCUUUAUCUAUAACUGGAAAACCUGGUCAGAGGCUCAUAGAUACUGCAGAGAUCAUUACACAGAUCUCGCCAAUGUGAGAAAUCAGACUGAGAACCAGAGGAUCCUUGAGAGAACAUGGGGAUAUGGAGUCUGGAUCGGACUGCACAGAAACAGGAUUUGGUCAAACAGUCAGAAUAUUACAUAUCAAAACUGGAGGCCACAAAUUUCUGGGUUUCGGGCGCAACCAGACAAUGGUGCUAACCACGUUAAUGAAUAUGGAUAUCAGCACUGCACUGCAGUAUCAUUCAGAUAUUCAGGCCGAUGGACAGAUGAAAUCUGUGUAUCCAGCAUGCCUUUCUUCUGCUAUAGCAGAACCUGCACACAAUCUUCAUGCACCCGUCAGUAUCACUUUGUGUCUGACUCUAAAACCUGGACUGAAGCUCAGAGAUACUGCAGACAGAAUUAUACUGAUCUGGCCACCAUUGAUAACAUGGAGGAAAUGAACAGGCUCAUUAAAACAGUACGUGGCACUUACUAUGGAUCAACUUGGAUUGGACUCUAUGAUGAUCUGAACAGCUGGAGAUGGUCUCUGGAUAAUACAGCAUUAGAUGGAGGUUUUAAAAGCUGGUAUGUUUCACAACAAGUGAAUUCGUAUGGACAAAGUAUGUGUGUGUACAUGACAUAUCAGGGAAGAUGGAGUGAGGCCUUUUGCACCUUUAGAUAUCCUUUUGUUUGCUAUGAUGGAAGAGUGAACGCUAGUACAAGUUAUGUGUUGGUUUACGAGUCCAAAACCUGGAGUGAAGCUCAGAGUUACUGCAGAGAACAUCACACAGACCUCGUCAGUAUCAGGAAUGAGAUUGAAAACUACAGGGUUCAGCUAUUACUUUCAUAUUAUUCAGCUGCUUGGACUGGACUGUACAGAACGAGAUCUUGGUCAGAUCAGAGUAACUCUUCAUUCAGUAACUGGAGGACAGGACAGCCAGAUAAUGCUGGAAACAGUGAAUACUGCACUGCAGCGUCAUUUAGUGACUCUGGGAACUGGACAGAUGAGAACUGCAAUACUGCAUUACCUUUCAUUUGCUACAGUGCAUCAUCACGUCAGUAUCACUUUGUGAAUGAGUCAAAGAGCUGGACUGAAGCUCAGAGAUACUGCAGACAGAAUUACACUGAUCUGGCCACCAUUGAUAACAUGGAGGAAAUGAACAGGCUGAUUAACACAGUUAAUGGGAGUUACAAUGGUUCAGCCUGGAUUGGACUGUAUGAUGAUGUGAACAGCUGGAGAUGGUCACUGGAAGACAAUGAUUUCUAUCAGGAAGGAGAGAGAGAUUUCAGAAACUUCUAUCAUGAACCAGACAAUGCUGGGAAUGAACUGUGUGUUUACAUGAAUAAUAAUGGAAAAUGGUUUGAUUAUUCAUGUGACAAUUAUUACACAUUUGUCUGCUACGAUGGUAGAGAAAACGCCACUCAGAAAUAUGUCUGGGUAUCUGAGGGUCGGACCUGGACUGAAGCUCAGAGCUACUGCAGAGAGAAAUACACAGACCUGGCCAGUGUGAGGAAUGAGACAGAGCGUCAACAGAUACUGAGUGUUACACAUAGUUAUUGGUAUUAUGGAUAUUCCAUAUGGAUUGGUCUGCACAGAAAUAGACUGUGGUCAGAUAACAGCAGCUCCUCCUUCACAUACUGGCUGCCAUACACUCAAGGUGAUGCUGCACAACCAGAUAAUGGUGCAAAUGUUCAGGGAGAGCAGGGAUCUCAACACUGCACAGCUGUGUCUUUACAGCAUUUUGGCCAGUGGACAGAUGAGAGCUGCUUUGCCAGUUUGCCUUUCUUCUGUUACAGUGUAUGGUAUGUUUAUAAGUACUGUAUGUGAUCUAUUUGUUUCUGCUGAUUUCAAUACAUAAUGCACUGUAAAAGAUUUUGGAGGUCUUGGAGUUUUAUGUAUACAUGAUUUAAUUGAGACUAAAACAAUUUUUUUUUUCAUUGUACAGUAGCAAGUAACCAUAAAAAUUGUAGUUUUGACAUCUAAAAUCUUUUCAGUGUGGGUAUAAUAAUUGUUCAUUUUAACAAUUUUUUUUUUUCAAUUGAUCAGUGAUGGGAAUGCGAGUAGAAGUGACAAGUCUAGAAAACUUGUCAAAAUCUCAGAUUGAAGAGCUUGUGAUUAUACAGUUACAAGAGGAGCUGAUGAGGUUCGGACUUCCCAGAAACGUCACCAUGCAUUUAAGAGACUAUCGUAAGAUCAAUCCCUGACAGAGGAUGUUCCAACGGACCUAUUAAAUCAGUGAAGGGCUUUGUAUCAAAAUGAAUGUAGCUUGAAUUUAACAUUAGAAUGAUGGAAAAUUGGGCUUCCAGUACAGCUGUACAUAGUUUAAUCAAUAGUUUUCAUGUAAAAGAAUAUCAGGUGAAAACAAUAGCAUUAUACUUAUUAUACCAAUGAAUUUUUGGACAUCAAUAUGAUAUGAAUAUGAAUAAUAUUAAUGAUAGGGGAUUUGUGGUUGUUUUGACGUUGAUGGGGGAUUUGUGGUUGUUUUGAAGUUAUGCAUUCAAUGGUACUGAAUGUUGUGUCUGUAAAGUUAAAUAAAGUUUGACAUUUUGA